CGUGUAAAGCGACCAAUGAAAAACGCAGCCCGGCGCCACCAAUCGCCCGAGAGGAACCAGAUUUAUUCCACAAUCUGCCCAAUCGAAACCAAGCCUCGGCGGCGCGUGACCUCCCGGCAGCCAACCAAUAGGAACCCCGCUUGGAAGGAAGGAAGCGUUUACACCAUGGGCAACGUCCUGGCUGCCAGCUCUCCGGCACCCCCUCCUACAGUGUCAGGGCCAGGCUCGGGCCUAGUAUCGGUACCGCCGGGUUUCACCAUGCCUCCUGUCACCGGAUUGGUUCCCCCCGUGCAAGAUCGCAGUGCAGAAGAAAAAUGCGACCAGCUCCCUAACCCCGGCACUUUUGAGGAAUGUCAUCGGAAAUGCAAAGAAUUGUUUCCUAUCCAAAUGGAGGGGGUGAAAUUAACGGUAAACAAAGGUCUCAGCAAUCACUUUCAGGUCAAUCAUACGGUGGCCCUCAGCACAGUCGGGGAUUCCAAUUAUCACUUCGGGGCGACGUAUGUCGGGACAAAGCAACUAAGCCCCACAGAGGUAAGUCGAUAUAAUACCUAA